CAGGGUUCGAGUAGUUGCCGUAGGCAACGAGCACCGGGCUGCCGGCGUAUCGGACGUGGAAAAGGUCCUGUGGGAGCUUGGAGUAGCUGGCGGACGUCAUCUUCUGGACAACAAGUGACAGCUGGAGCUGUUGAUUAUCGGACAUGGUUUCUUUCUUAUUAACCCUAUCGAACCUGUUCCGAAAGCUAGCAGGGUUAGAA